AUGCCAACCAUGCCCGCAGUUUCGGGCGCCACCGGCGUGUUACCUCCAGCGGCGGCCAACGUCGUCGUCGAGGACAUCUAUGGCUUCCUGCGCGUCCUCGGUGACGGCACCGUCCUCCGGUCACCGGAGCAACCCGUGUUCUGCCCGGACGCCUUCCCCAGCAGCCACCCGUCGGUGCAAUGGAAGGAGGCCGUCUACGACAAGGCCAACAACCUCCGCGUCCGCAUGUACAAGCCGUCGUCCACGGCCGGCGGCGGCGAGGACGCCAGGAAGAAGCUGCCGGUGCUGGUCCACUUCCACGGCGGCGGCUUCUGCCUGGGGUCGUGCACGUGGGCGAACGUGCACGCGUUCUGCCUCUGCCUCGCCGCGGAGGCCGGCGCCGUCGUGCUCUCCGCGGGGUACCGCCUCGCCCCGGAGCACCGCCUCCCCACGGCGGUCGACGACGGCGUGGGUUUCAUGCGCUGGCUGAGUGCGCAGUCCACCAUGGACGCCGCCGCCGACGGCUGGCUCACCGACGCCGCCGACUUCGGCCGCGUGUUCGUCACGGGCGACUCGGCGGGCGGCACCAUAGCGCACCACCUCGCCGUGCGCGCCGGCCUGGCCGCCACCAAGCGCGGCGAGGUCGAUCUCGACCUCCGCCCGGUCACGGUGCGAGGCUACGUCCUCCUGAUGCCGUUCUUCGGCGGCGUCCGGCGGACGCGGUCGGAGGCCGAGUGCCCCGCGGAGGUGCUACUGAACCUGGACCUGUUCGACCGGUUCUGGCGGCUGUCGCUGCCGGCCGGCGCCACCAGGGACCACCCGGCAGCGAACCCGUUCGGGCCGGACAGCCCCGAGCUGGGCUCGGUGGACUUCCGGGCGCCGGUCCUGGUGGUGGUCGGUGGCCUCGACAUGAUGCGCGACCGCACCGUCGACUACGCCGAGCGGCUGGCGGCGAUGGGCAAGCCCGUGGAGCUCGUCGAGUUCGCCGGCAAGCCCCACGGGUUCUACCUGCACGAGCCGGGGUCCGAGGCCACCGGCGAGCUGAUCGGCCUCGUCAGCCGGUUCCUGCACAGUUGCGAGGCGCGGUUGCUUGAUUAG